CUCAGUCUCUGGAUGAAUAACUUCGACUGUCCUAAUCAUUCUAUCGUACAGUAUCUUGAUUCCUCUCGAAAUUCUGCUUAGACCCCUCUUUAAUUUGUUUGGCUAGUUUCUGGUUCAUGUAUCCCUCACUUAUUGCCCUCUUAGGGCUUUCGGGAACCAGUGUCUUGGUUCAUGCAACCGGCGGACAGUUGCCUAUGGCUCUGGUUCUCGAUAGUGAAACGAAACAAUACAGCUUGACGGACUACAAUUUUAAUACUGAGGAUUCCUUCGAUACUAUUCGAUGCUGUGAAUUGGGAACCAAGUACAAAGCUGGCAGAUGCAUCCCUGAUACCAAUCAUUGCACAGCCUGUGAGGAAGGAUAUCGUCCGGUCAAUGGCGACUGCAUCCCCAACGACGAUGAUGACGGAGGAAGUGGCUGCCCGCCUGGUACUAAGCCUGGUCCGAAUGGAGGUUGUAUUCCCAAGGACAGUGAUGAUGGAAGUGGCUGCCCACCUGGUACCAAGCCUGGCCCCAACGGAGGUUGCAUCCCCAAGGACGACAAUAGCAGCGGAAGUUGCAUCCCCAAGGAUGACAAUGGCAGUGGAAGUGGCUGCCCGCCUGGUACUAAGCUUGGCCCCAACGGAGGUUGCAUUCCUAACGAUGAUAAUGGCAGUGGAAGUGGUUGCCCGCCUGGUAGACAGUGGGGGUGGUGGUGGCAAUGCAUUCCGCCUACUGUGGCUGUCUAGACUUACAAGGCCGAUGACUAUCCAAGGCUCCAAUGCCUGGGCAAAGUCAUUGAAAAUGAGAUGCGUGCCGUUCCUCCAGAUGAGACAUUCAGUUGUAAGCCUAGGUUAGGUAUCUUGGACCCGCAAGGUUUCCG